GAGGUGAUCUCGGUCGCCUUCGGCUCUCGGCCGGAGCUCCGCUUCGAGCUUGAGCAGGUGGUCGGCCGGCGCCCCCCGAUCUUCGGGCCCCUGGACACGGGGGGCGCGCUCUGGUACGCCGACCGCGUGCUGUCCCAGUUCCUGGUGACCGCCGGGCCGGGCGCCGGGCCCCACGGCAGGCCUGCGCCGGCGGGCGGGCUCGCUCUCGUGCUCGGCUGCGGCGGCGUGCCGCUGUCGGCGCUCGUCGCCGCCGCCCUCGGCUGGAGCGUGGUUAUGACCGAUCUGGAGCCAGUCAUCGAGCUCACGCGCACCAACGUGCGCCGCGCCGAGGGCGCGGUGCAGGCGGAGCGGGACAGGCUGGCUUGCACGCGGCCCGCGGAGAUGGCGGUGCGGGAGCUGUAUUUCGGAGACGAGCCGGCCCUGGACGAGGCCCUUUCUGCCGCGGGGGCCGUCGGCGAGGGUGCGCCGCUGCUGGUUCUGUGCUCCGAUUGCAUCUGGCGCGAGUUCCUGCACCGGCCCCUGCUCUGCACCGUGGCCGCCGCGCUGGGCAAGGCCUCCGGCGCCGCCGAAGCGCUGUUCUGUUUCCAGACCAGGUCGCCGCAGAACGAGGCGAUGUUCCUGAAGGUGCUCAAGGAGGAGUUCGGCUGCCUGGAGACAGAGGCCGUCGACGCUUCCGAGGCGCUCUCACAGGUGCUGUGGCCAGCCCAGGUGCAGCACAGCGUGGGGCAGAUGAGGGACCUGCCGAAGAACUUCCCGCUCCUCCGGCUGACGCUGCGGGAGGGCGCGGUGCCGCCACGGCUCGGUGCGCCGCAGGAGCUCGCCGCCGGCAGGAAGCCUUGGUGGUCCUGA